AUGCCAUCUGCAUCUGCCAUGAUCAUUUUCAACCUAAGCAGUUACAAUCCAGGGCCCUUCAUUCUGGUAGGGAUCCCAGGCCUGGAGCAAUUCCACAUGUGGAUUGGAAUUCCCUUCUGUGUCAUCUACAUUGUAGCUGUUGUGGGAAACUGCAUCCUUCGCUACCUCAUUGUGGUGGAACAUAGUCUUCAUGAACCCAUGUUCUUCUUUCUCUCCUCUGCCAUGACUGACCUCACCUUGUCCACCGCUGGUGUGCCUAAAACACUCAGUAUUUGGCUGGGGGCUCGCGAAAUCACAUUCCCAGGAUGCCUUACACAAAUGUUCUUCCUUCACUACAGCUUUGUUCUGGAUUCAGCCAUUCUGAUGGCCAUGGCAUUUGAUCACUAUGUAGCUCUCUGUUCUCCCUUGAGAUAUACCACCAUCUUGACUCCCAAGGCCAUCAUCAAGAUUGCUAUGGGCAUCUCCUUUCGAAGGUUCUGCAUCAUCCUGCCAGACGUAUUCUUGCUGACGCGCCUGCCUUUCUGCAGGACACGUAUCAUACCCCACGUAUACUGUGAGCAUAUAGGCAUUGUCAGGCUCACCUGUGCUGAUAUCUCCAUCAACAUCUGGUAUGGCUUUUGUGUUCCCAUCAUGAUGGUCAUCUCAGAUGUGAUUCUCAUUGCUGUUUCCUAUGCCCUUAUCCUCUGUGCUGUCUUUCGCCUUCCCUCCCAAGAUGCCCGCCAGAAACCCCUCGGCACUUGUGGUUCUCAUGUCUGUGUCAUCCUCAUGUUUUAUAUGCCUGCCUUUUUCUCCAUCCUUGCCCAUCGUUUUGGACACAAUGUCUCUCGCACCUUCCACAUCAUGUUUGCCAAUCUCUACAUUGUUAUCCCACCUGCAUUUAACCCCAUGGUUUACGGAGUGAAGACCAAGCAGAUCAGAGAUAAGGUUAUAGUUUUGUUUUCUACUAAGGGUACAGGAUGA